UCGAUCGAGGCGGCGAUGGCGCUCAGGGUGGCUGCGGCGGCGCACAAGAUCCCCCUGGAGGUCGCCCACACCCUCGUGGAGAUCGCCGAGGUCGCGCGCUACGCCUACGAGCACCGCGCCGGCCACAGCCCGGCCCACGACGACGGCGCCGCGACCCCGCCACCUGCGGUGUCCGCUGACGAGGCGGAGGCCGCGCGGUUGCGGACGGAGAACGCCAUCCUCCGCGCCCGCCUCGCCGACGACCUCGUGCUCCUUCGCGAGCUGCAGGGCGCGCCCUUUGUCUCCCAGGAGUGCCCUCCCGACUUGCAUAAUCGUCUUGUAGCGACAGUCAACAACGCUAGCUUCCUUGCUCAUCUUGAGAAAGUACGAGACGAGCCAAUGCAUCCACAUACGGCACUAUCUGGCGGUAUGACAGAAGUGGAAGUUGGAGAUACUACAGACACUAGAGGUGAAGGGAAGAAUGGGUCAUGGGUCUUGGUUUCCUGUGACACUGCUGGGGGGAAUAUGGAGGAAAUUAGUGGAAUUGAUAACGAAAAUUAUGUAAUGGUUAAUGAAGAUGACAUUGUCGAUGCUCUUGCUACCUUUGUUGCUAGGUGCAUUCUCGAAGAUCCAAAGUCCAAGAAAUUAUCACCGAAGGAGCUGCAAAAGGCUGUUGCAACGGCGUUGAGCUCCAUGACAGACCGAAAGAAAUGGAUAAGUUUCUGGGAGGCUGGAAAGGUGAUCUACAUAUUGGCAACUUGGGGGAUCACAAUAGCAGGGCUGUACAGGAGUCGUGCUGUCCUGAAAAUGGCAGCGAAAGGAGCUGUCGUGUCCACCAAAUUUAUCAUGAAGGCAAUGUGAGAUGCCAAUGAAUAGUGGCAUGAUGAACACGAGCAACAACCAGCAAGCUGUAAAUACAAACUCGUCGUGUUAACUGUACAUAUGUGAUAUGGUUUAUGUGUCAGCUCAGUUGUGCUGUAAGGCUGUAAAGUUCGAAGUGAUAACUAUUUCUCUCAUCGUGUAUGAAUAACGGGGCAUAUGUCUGCUUGACAUGUUUCAAUUGAUAUAGGAGCUCAGCUCCCGUGUGUUUGCAGUGCA